AGGGUUAAAAUGAUUAUUUCCUGGUCACUGGUGUUUAAACUUCCCUUUUUUAUUAGAGUAUUAAUUUUUUUAUUGUUUUACUUAUAAUUUAAUUAUUUCAUUAGCUGUUUAAAAUGUUUAAUCGUACUUAUUCGUUGUCAUUUUUAUUGUUUUAUGUGUGCCAUCUUCUAGUCAUUACAGCUAUAAAUGGUCAACAUUAUCGUCCACAGCAUGAACCACGUCAAUAUUCUGGGUAUCAUAAAAUUACAACUUUACCCGAUGGAGAAACGCAUUAUUCUCGUUCGUACAUUUUGAAUGACACUGGUUAUAGUGAACAUCUUUACACAAAACCACAGACGUAUGGACGUUCAGUCAGUCAGCCUCUUAACCACCAGUUACUUAUUAAUCAAGGUUACUCACCCAAUGUUCGAAGGAAUAUUGGCGCAGACCCAGAAUUUACUCAAGCAUUGAGCUAUAAAAGUUUACCACCACCACUGAUGGUGCCACAAUUGCAACCACAAUUGCCACCUCAAUUGCCACCUCAAUUUCGGCCCCUACCAUCUCGAUUACCUGCUCCAAUGGCUGGGCCAAUUUUUUCAUCAGCCGUUGCUCCAUUGGUAUCACCAAACAUUCCUAGGAAUCGUCCAGUUGUGCCUCAAAAUUCACGCCAAAAUCAACCCAAUUAUCAACCCAAUUAUCAACCUGAUUAUCAACCUGAUCGAGAUCAGUAUCGAAGUGAAUACUCACGAAAUACUUAUCAACGCCAAGCAGUCAGUGGAAAUGAGGUGACCGUUCCUCAUUCGUACAAUGUUCCUGAUGAACCCAUGAAUAGAAUGAUUGACUUUUUUUCCUCGAGUUUCUUUAAAUCAAAUGUUAAGGAAAAUAAACUGACUACCGUAAAUCUAUUCCAAAAUGUCAUAAUUGGUACCAACACUACUGCUGAUGAAGCGAUAAUUAAAGCUAAUUUAGAGAAAACUGCAGGUCACGUUUUCGAUAAUGGCAGCACCGAUUGUAAACCAGUGAUGACUGUUGUCAAAUUUGGUAAUAUCAAUAAACCAGAAAUAAUCUACAAUCCAUCAUCAGUGCAAGUUUUACGUUGUCCUCAAGCAUGCUUCUCGUGGCAAUUUGACUGUCUACCAGUGAAAAAACAUGUUUACAAUUUUUCAGCUGCAGUCUACACCAUGGAGAAAGGCAAAGUCACCAGAGAAGUUAAUCAAUUUGAAGUAGUAUCGCACACUGAAUGUGCUUGUCAAUGUAAAACUGUCGCUUCAUGCUUAUCUUCAUCUUCACUAAGCACAAAGCGUCCCAUAUCAAAUGGAUUUUAACUAAUCGAUCCUAGAUCUUAAUACACUUUAAUCUAAUCAUUGUAACCUUUUAGUUUAAUUAUAUAAAGUUGAUUAUAUUUUUUCUUAA